UGCUUCGUUGGCGUAGAUUUGGAAGGAAUGGAUGCAUAGCUACUACCAGACAGAGAGAAACGAAACCUCAAAUCUUGAUCGUCGUCGUCCUCGUUAUGGCUUCUGCAUCGGAGAUUGCACUAAAAUUGAAUCUGAGUCCCCACCCGGAAGGCGGAUUCUACGCCGAAACUUUUAGGGACACUUCCGUAUUCCUCUCCAAAUCCCAGCUUCCUCCUGAAUACAAGGUUGAUCGUGCCGUUAGCACAUGUAUUUACUUCUUAUUACCAUCUGGUAGUGUCUCUCGUCUCCAUCGUAUACCAUGUUCAGAAACGUGGCAUUUCUACAUGGGAGAACCUAUUACGGUAAUGGAAUUGAAUGAGAAAGAUGGGCAGAUGAAGCUAACAUGUCUUGGACAUGAUCUAGGACAGAAUCAACUGCCCCAGUAUACAGUGCCUCCCAAUGUGUGGUUUGGCGCAUUUCCAACGAAGGAUAUUCACAUUUCAUCCAACGGGGCAGUGCUAAAAUAUGAACCGAGGGAUUCUGAAACCAACUUCUCCCUUGUAGGUUGCACUUGUGCUCCAGCCUUUCAGUUUGAGGACUUUGAGCUAGCAAAACGCUCUGACCUUGUCUCGCAAUUCCCCAAUCAUGAGUCUCUUAUCACGUUACUCACCUUUCCUGAUUGAGACGAAGCUCAGCAGCGUGGAGCCUUUGCAAAUCUUGCAGGCUUGUAAUACUGGUUACUAGUUGUACCAUCUUUAUGCUUCUUGAACUUUAGGAUCAUGCUUUCUUUCUGGAAUCUGAUUUUCAAACUUAUUGGCAAUUUGACUGGCCAAAUUCCUGAUGAACUUCUGCAGAAACUACUUAAAUAAAUGGAUCUGUCUGCCAAUGCAUCUUGAUUGCAUGGAAAGACUUAUACAUCAACAAGGAUAUUUUGGUCAAUAUGAUUCUAAAUAGGUAAAGGCUCCCCUGCCGAAUAUUUGU